GCGGGGCAGCUCCUCCUCCUCUCCGCCCCGCCGGCUGCGGGCGCGGGGCACGUCAGCGCUGCCAGCGUGGAAACCGCUGCGGGCCGCGGGAGGCGGAAGUAGUGUCCGGCACCGCGGGCACAUCGCCGGACGCCUCGGCCAUGGACGCGUCCCUGGAGAAGAUAGCAGACCCUACAUUAGCUGAAAUGGGAAGGAACCUGAAGGAGGCGAUGCGGAUGCUGGAGAACAGUCAAAGAAGAAUAGAGGAGGAAAAUGGAAAGAAGCCAGUAUCAGAGGAUAUUCCAGGGCCACUCCAGGGCAGUGGGCAAGAUAUGGUGAGCAUCCUCCAGUUAGUUCAAAAUCUGAUGCACGGAGAUGAAGAUGAGGAGCCCCAGAGCACCCGAAUCCAGAAUAUUGGAGAACAAGGUCACAUGGCUUUGUUGGGUCACAGUCUGGGUGCUUAUAUUUCAACUUUGGACAAAGAGAAGCUGAGAAAACUUACAACCAGGAUACUUUCAGACACUACCUUGUGGCUACGCCGGAUUUUCAGGUAUGAAAAUGGAUGUGCUUAUUUCCAUGAGGAAGAGAGGGAAGGACUUGCUAAGAUCUGUAGGCUUGCCAUUCAUUCUCGCUAUGAAGACUUCGUAGUGGAUGGAUUCGACGUGUUACAUAACAAAAAACCUGUCAUAUAUCUUAGUGCUGCUGCUAGACCUGGUCUGGGCCAAUACCUUUGUAAUCAGCUUGGCUUACCCCUGCCCUGCUUGUGUCGUGUGCCCUGUAACACUAUGUUUGGAUCCCAGCAUCAGAUGGACAUUGCCUUUCUUGAGAAACUGAUCAAAGAUGACAUAGAAAGAGGAAGACUGCCCUUGCUGCUUGUUGCAAGUGCUGGAACUGCAGCUGUUGGACACACAGACAAGAUUGGACGUUUGAAGGAGCUCUGUGAGCAAUAUGACAUCUGGCUUCAUGUGGAAGGUGUGAAUCUGGCAACAUUGGCUCUAGGUUAUGUCUCCUCGUCUGUGCUGGCUGCAACCAAAUGUGAUAGCAUGACACUGACUCCUGGCCCAUGGCUAGGUUUACCAGCUGUCCCUGCAGUGACUCUCUACAAACAUGACGAUCCUGCCUUGACACUAGUUGCUGGUCUGACAUCAAAUAAGCCUGCAGACAAACUCCGAGCCCUGCCGCUGUGGUUGUCUUUACAAUACUUGGGACUGGAUGGCAUUGUGGAAAGAAUAAAGCAUGCCUGUCAGCUGAGUCAGCGGUUGCAAGAAAGUUUGAAGAAAGUGGACCACAUCAGAAUUUUGGUGGAAGAUGAGCUCAGUUCUCCAGUAGUAGUGUUCAGAUUUUUCCAGGAAUUACCAGGCUCAGAUCCAGCGUUUAAAGCUGUCCCUGUAUCCAACGUAGCACCUGCAGCUGUUGGCCGGGAGAGACACUCCUGUGAUGCACUGAACCGCUGGCUAGGAGAACAACUGAAACAGUUAGUGCCUGUGUGUGGCCUCACUGUCAUGGACUUGGAGGGAGAUGGCACAUGUGUGAGGUUCAGCCCUUUGAUGACAGCGGCAGUGUUAGGAACUCGAGGAGAAGAUGUGGAUCAACUCAUCACCUGCAUCCAAAGCAAACUGCCAGUCCUGACCUGUACACUACAGCUCCGAGAAGAGUUCAGGCAGGAGGUAGAGGGGACAGCAGGCCUCCUAUAUGUUGAUGACCCCAACUGGCCUGGAAUCGGGGUUGUCAGGUAUGAGCAUGCUAAUGAUGAUAACAGCAGUUUGAAAUCUGAUCCAGAGGGUGAGGAAAUACACACUGGACUUCUGAAAAAGUUAAAUGAACUGGAAUCUGACCUCAUAUUUAAAAUGGGCCCUGAGUACAAAAGCAUGAAGAGCUGCAUUUACAUUGGCCUGGCAAGUGAUGAUGUGGAUAUUUCUGAACUAGUAGAGACCAUUGCAGUCACAGCCCGGGAAAUUGAGGAAAACUCAAGGCUUCUAGAGAACAUGACAGAAGUCGUUCGGAAGGGAAUUCAGGAGGCUCAGGUUCAACUGCAGAAGGCAAAUGAGGAGCGGCUUCUGGAAGAGGGAGUGUUGCGGCAGAUCCCUGUGGUAGGGUCCGUGCUGAAUUGGUUUUCUCCAGUCCAAGCUUCACAAAAGGGAAGAAGUUUUAACUUAACAGCAGGUUCUCUGGAGUCCACAGAACACACAUAUGUCUACAAAGUACAAGGUACAGGAGUGACGCCACCUCCUACACCCUCAGGCACUCGAAGCAAACAGCGACUUCCAGGCCAGAAACCUUUUAAAAGGUCCCUGAGAGGCUCGGAUGCUGUGAGUGAGACCAGCUCAGUCAGCCACAUUGAAGACCUCGAAAAGGUGGAACAGCUGUCCGGUGGGCCCGAGCACAGCAACCUAGAGGCCCACUGCCCUGAGCAGGCCCCAAGUGUUCCUGCCCCCAUGGCCAGACAGACUGAGGCCCUGCAGAACAAGGCCCAGCAUCCGGAAGAUGACCACCCUCAGGUAGAGGGACUGGAGCGCUUAAGAUAAAGCUCAGUAAUACUGGGCUUGAGCCUGCAUUGACUCUUGUUUCAGGAAAGAUGAAGUUUUAUUGAAAAUGUGAACUGUGCCACAUGCUAAUAUGAUAGAAAUUUCUGCCAUUUGUGCUAAAUUGGGAGUUUUGCACAGAUAAUGGUGGAAAACCAGGCUUUCUGGGGGGUGGGGGGCAAUUACUUUAUGUGUAAGUUGAGCAACCACCAAUUGACUAUUUUGGCCUGCCCAACCUAGGCAUACCUGAAAGGUAUGUACCAUAACCUUCCUGUACCAUAAACACUUUGUGCUGAGAGAACAUGUAGAUUUCAAGCACCUUCCACUUGAAACACUGUUCUCUCUUCUCUCUCUGAACCUAAGCGUGAUUAGGCUGCAUACAGUGACUCUCUGGGUUCUUCUCCAUGCUUCUGUCUACUAGGUCUGUAGUUCAGUCAAGUUGUCGUAGAUGCCUGCCUCACUGGUUGGCAUCAGGAAAUGGGUUUCAGUAGGACCCGAGUGAGAGUAUCAGAACCCUCUGCUGCCUUUCCUGAAGCCUGUGCACACAUGAGCUGUGGCACUAGGACUGUCCCCUGCUGCACCUUUUCUCCUUUACACAUUCUUUGUAAACAGAGUUAAGGACUCAUCUGUUAAUAGUAACUAACUAUAAGCUCUCUUCCUGACCAUAUUUAAGUCUAUUUUUAAACACUGGUGAUGCUUUUAAGUUGGUGCCCAGUGUGCCCUGUGCUUGUGUCAGUUCAGGACAGAAAGCCCUCUGGAGGCCGCCAUGAAGAGCCCAGUGUCGUCUGCUGUGCAGCACGGUGAAGGCUGCAGCAAGCAAGCCUUCGACCUGCUUUUCAUGAGGUGGCUGCAGCUUCUCUUGUCCUCACCCUGGGCCCAACUCAGGAAAGAACCAGAGAGGUUGCCUCUCUCGGGCUAACAAGCCAGAGCUUGCUGCCUAAUUCUCAUCCAUUUGUAUUUCCCAAGUACUGCAUCACCUGCAGUGCCCUAAGAUGCCCCACCCCGUGCCUUUUUAGUCCCUAAAAGUCAAACAAUGGAAGAUGCUAAGAUGGUGGGCCUGUGGACUGUAGUGUUGGAAGCCUUAGUUAUACCACUUUAAGCCUAUAAUUACACUGAUUUGAUGUGAUUUUUGACAGUUGCCACUUGUCAAGAUGCAAUCUUUCCAUUUUUUUGGUGCAAAUGAUUAAAUAUAGUCUUCCCUGUUCAUUUGAUGCAAUGAAGUAUAGCAGGUGACAUGGGGAGGGGUAAAUUAUCACCUUGAACUGAUUGAUUUUUCAAUGUUUUUAUACAUUUGGAAUUGUUACCUGGUUUUGCUGCAACAGAAUUUUACCUUGAGACACUAUCUGAUGUUGGCUUAAAUAAAGGCUCUUGAAAUUGC